CCUUUUAUGUAUAGAAAGUUGUAAGCAAAAUAAUCAAUAUCUUGCAUGGAAAAUUCGUUUAUAUUCACAAGUGUAUGUAGAUACAAGAACACGUUUUAUUAAGCAUUUUACUUUCUCCCUAUUAUUUAUUUAAUUUUUCUAAUCAGUUUCAAUCAAAUUUUCUAUUGAAUUAUGGAGUUUUUUAAAGCUUUAAGUUUAUUUAAUAGAGGGAAGUAUGAAGAGUGUGCAACAAUAUGUACAAAUUUAUUAAGAAAAAGUCCACUUGAUCAGGCUAUUUGGGUAUUAAAAAUGCGUGCUUUAACUUUACAAGUAUAUGUAGAUGAUAUAGAAGGCGAGGAAGAAGGUAUUGCUGAAACUUUACUAGAUAAUUAUACAAUAUCAUCCAUGCCUAGACCAGGAACAUCUUUGAAACAACCUGCUACCUCCUAUGCAGGACAGUAUCUUCGACCCAAAACACAAUCAGGUCGACCAGUCACGGGAGUCAUACGACCAGCUACACAAGCUGCAACAUCUCACUCACUUGAACAAACAUUAAGGACACCAAGAACUGCUAUGACAGCCAGACCAAUUACUGCAAGUUCUAGUCGUAAUGUUAGGUAUACUCAUUACUUUGUAUCAUAUUACCUGGUCCAAAUAAUACAAUUUUUUUUACACUUAUAUUCAAAAUUGGUACAUAUAUGUAUGUAUAGAUUGGGUACAGCAUCUAUGUUAACAGAACCUGGAGGACCUUUUAUACAAUUAUCACGUUUAAAUAUUUCUAAAUAUGCUAGUCAACCUAGUAUUGCAAAACCACUUUUUGAGUAUAUUUAUUAUCAUGAACAUGAUGUAAGAUACGCAUUAGAUUUAGCAGUUCAAGCAACGCAAGUCUGUCAGUACAAAGACUGGUGGUGGAAAGUACAACUGGGAAAAUGUUAUUAUAGUUUAGGCUUAGUAAGAGAUGCAGAACAACAGUUCAAGUCAGCCCUAAAAGACUGUAAAACCAUCGAAACAACUCUAAGGCUAGUUAGAGUUUAUAUUAAACUUGAUCAACCAUUAGCUGCCUUAGAGACAUGUAAGAAGGGUCUCGAAUAUUUUCCUAAUGAUGUAAAUAUUCUUACCGAAAUGGGACGCAUAUUUGAUGGUUUAAAUAAUAUGAGUAUGUCAUUAAAGUAUUACAAAAUCAUUGUACAAGAAGAUGCUUCGCAUACAGAAGCGAUAGCCAGUAUCGGAAUGCAUCAUUUUUAUAGUGAUCAACCAGAACUAGCACUACGUUAUUAUAGGCGGUUGUUACAAAUGGGUGUAUAUAACACUGAAUUAUUUAAUAACCUUGGAUUAUGCUGUUUUUAUGCACAACAAUAUGAUCAUGUUGUAUCUUGUUUUGAAAGAGCACUUAGUCUUUCUACUGAUGAAAAUAUAGCAGAUGUGUGGUACAACAUUUCUCAUAUUGCACUUAGUAUAGGUGAUAUGGUGAUGGCAGAAGAAUGUUUAAAAUUAGCUAUUGUAUGUGACAAUAGACAUGCUUUAGCAUAUAAUAAUCUUGGAGUUAUACAAAUUCGAAAUGGAAAUAUAACGGCAGCAAAAACAUAUUUUCAUGCUGCCGCUAAUAUUGCCAAUUUUAUUUAUGAACCUCAUUUCAACAGUGCCUAUUUAGCUUAUGAGGUUGGAGAUCUACAAACAAGUUACAUUGCCAUACAAAAAUCUUUAAGUGCAUAUCCUGGUCACUGUGAUAGUAAAACACUUUUUAAUAAAUUAGAAAGAUAUUUUUCAUAUAUAUAAUUUUUUUUAGAAAAAGGAUUUCAUAAAUUAUUUCUUUUAUUAAUCUAUAUUUUCAAUUAUAGUACUAAUGUUACUAAAACAUAUAUGAAAAAAAUAGAAAAUGCAUCGUGGAAAAUUAUAUAAAUGGAAUGAUUACAAUCUUAAACCAUUUAAAUAACUAUUUUCUAUAUCACAUUAUUUAAUUAUUUUUAUCGCGAUUUUGUGUAAAUACAUUACAAUUUAGUA